AUGAGGCCCGCAGCUGGAGGCCGGGGCAAGCGGUCUAGGAGCCUGGCCGGGGUCUACCUCGUGGACGAUGUGCGACGGAAGCGCUGCCUUAUCCUAGGAAGGCCCCCAGGCGGCGGCUCGCACCCGCAGCACUACGGCCGCCUGCCCGGGACCAUCUGGAGCUACACGCAGGUGCGGCGCACGGGCGGCGGCGGCGUGGAGACCGUGCAGGGCCCCGGCGUGUCGUGGGUGCACCCCGACGGCGUGGGUGUGCAGAUCGACACCAUCACGCCCGAGAUACGCGCGCUCUACAACGUGCUGGCCAAGGUGAAGCGCGAGCGAGACGAGUACAAGCGGAGAUGGGAGGAGGAGCUCGCCAAGCGCCUGAACCUGCAGACCGUGGUGGACACGCUCCAGGAGGCAGCACAGGAGGCCGAAGCCAUCCAGGAGGAGAUGAAUGAGAAGAUAGAGCGGCUCAAGGCGGAGCUGGUGGUGUUUAAGGGGCUCAUGAGUGAUCCCAUGACAGACCUGGACACAAAGAUCCAAGAAAAGGCCAUGAAGGUGGACAUGGACAUCUGCCGCCGAAUCGAUAUCACGGCCAAGCUGUGCGAUGUCGCACAGCAGCGGAACUCGGAAGACGUGUCCAAGAUCUUCCAGGUGGUCCCCAAAAAGAAAGAGAAGAAGGUGGCCUCCGACGAUGACAACUCCGAGCAGGACGGAGAGGUGACCCGGUUCCCAGACGACGAGGUCGGCUCCAUGAACAUCACGGAUGAGAUGAAGCGCAUGUUUAACCAGCUGCGGGAGACCUUUGAUUUUGAUGACGACUGUGACAGUCUGACGUGGGAAGAGAACGAAGACACGCUGCUGCUCUGGGAAGACUUCACCAACUGCAACCCGUCCAUCGAGGUGCAGGGCGAGCAAGAGGAGAACUUGGGCAACUUGAUCCAUGAGACCGAAUCCUUCUUUAAGACGAGGGACAAGGAGUACCAGGAAACCAUAGGCCAGAUCGAGCUGGAGCUGGCCACCGCCAAGAGCGACAUGAACCGACACUUGCACGAGUACAUGGAGAUGUGCAGCAUGAAGCGCGGCCUGGACGUGCAGAUGGAGACCUGCCGCCGGCUCAUCAAAGGCUCCGCAGACAGGAAUUCACCGUCCCCCAGCUCCGUGGCCAGCAGCGACUCAGGAAGUACAGACGAGAUCCAGGACGAGUUUGAGCGGGAGGCAGAUGUGGAGCCCAUGGUCAGCUGAUGACCGAGGCCCUCCGUGCCUAGUGGGCUUGGUGAUGGGGCCUCUGCCUUCUCUCCCCCGGGAGUGGAGCUCCCGUCCUCGACACACAGACUUCCUGUGUCCUCCCUUCUCCGGAGGCCCCAAGGGACUGCUGCUUCCUCCCUCCCUUCCUCCCUCCCUCCCUUCCUCCUACCACCAACCAGUGCCCGGUCUCCAUCCGCCCACCCACCCAAGGAAUGGUGCUGUCAAUUUCUAUUGUUCUCCACGUUACAAAUGCAGACUUCUGUCCGGAUGAUGCAGUGUAAACUGUGCCUUUUCCCUUAAGCUGAGCCACUUUGAGCUCCAAAGAAUUAUUCCUGGCAGGUGUUUUUAUAUAGAACUCUAAGGUGAGGGCGGGGCCCUGGGCGUGGAUACUGUGGUUUUCUGCCCUUCCGUCUGCUCCUCCGAUUGGCCAUGAGCUGCGCCCUCCCUCCUCUGCGGGCCUCCGACUGUUGAAAUUGGUUUUGGGGUGGCCCAGGCCCCCCAGGAAGGAGCCCUGGGCCUCUGCAGCCUUUCCAGGCCGGGGCGGGGACCUCUCAAGGUUUUCCACUUGUGGAAAGAGAGAAGAGAUGAGAGGAGGGAGGGAAGACAAAUUUUUCUUUCUUUUUGGAUCUAGUGGCAAGGCAGAGGGAGAAGGCACUGUGGGGAAGGUGGAGCCUCACUGUGUUUAAACUACUAUGCAAAAAACAAAACCAACAAAAAAAAGCAGCUUGCCUUAUAUCACAUAGAAGGUAGGCCUGGUUCCAGACUCCUGCUUUGGAGCUGGGAGGGAGGCGGAGCUGGAACCAUCUC